AUGUGGCGACAUGCAAAAUCAUCACUUUCACAAUACUGCCCAAUAAAAAAUGUCUUCGGCGAUUACACGGCUAAAAAGCUAGUGCUUAUGACACGUCUUCGUAAUCGUAAACUGAGCUUUACCCAGUUUUUUAAAAAAGCUGACGAACUUAAUGAUCCGUUAUUGAGUAAAGACUUCAAAAAUAACGACGACGACGACGGUUCUGAUUGUAGUUCCGAAUGUUCUGAUACACACACGACUGAUACUAUGAAUACUUGUUUGUAA